AUGGAGAGCUUAAAAUGCGCGCAGGCUAGGAAACUAAGUGAAAAAGACCGAGAGUUUGAAGUUCACAAAGUCAGGAAGAUGCAAGUGUUAGGGAUGGCAUGUUAGCUUGGAGCAAAACUUCCCUUGCUUGGAGCUGGCGCUUAAUUAAAAGAGUACUUUGAAUGAAGGGCCUUUGCUACACGACUUUGUCCAUUCAUAGUUCCGACGGUUAUGUCAUCCUGAUGAGCUCCAAAAAGGGUGAAACAGCUGUCCAUAGCUGCCACUUUAGUAUAUUAUAGGCCUCGAGUCCAGGAAAAAAAAGCAGUCUGAGACUGGAUAAAAACUGAGACGGUGUCCAACCUUCAGAGUGAUUUUACAUCACCCAAUUGCAAGAAACAGUAUCUAUCAAUUACAAAAGUGGUAAGUGGUAAGUAGAGCGGGUCGCUUACGAGAAUGAGCUCUCGUAAGCGACCCCAUGGUAAGCAAUAGAGGGUGGUCGCCUACGACAGCUUCAGAAUCUCAUUAAUAAUUCCAAAAGCAUACAAAACGCUUGAAGCCAUUGCUGUAGAAUCCAGGAUAUGAAGGACUGACAUAGUACUACUAGCAAUUUACAGGCCGCCUAAACCGUCCGGUAGGGGCAGAGCAACAUCCUCUGGGGGGAAAUGCCUUCAAAGAGUGGAAGAAAAAAAUCAUCGAUAUAUCUCUGUAGGCGUGUUUUCAAAAACAGUUUGUCGUCAUUGCUGACAACUUUUAAAAUCUGUUGAAGGAAUUUUGGGUUUUGAUUUAUGGGCUAACAACCUUCAGUCGCUAGGAUGUAUAGAGCUUGCGAAGUUGUUUUGUGGUAGCGAACACGAUCAACUAAGCAGCUUCACCGUCCAUUUUAACCCGAUAACUGAUGAAGGAGUUCAUCAUUUAGUCACAGCACUCACACACACUAACUGCAAGCUAACCAACUUACGCCUCAUUGAUAACAAGAUAACUGACGAAGGUGACGAAACACCUGACUGUAGCACUCACACACACGAACUGUAAACUAAAUAGAUUAUCCCUCGAAAAGAACCAGAUAACCAAUGAAGGUGCGAAACAGAUAACUUCAGCACUGACACACUCUAACUGCAAACUAACCUUCUUAAUCCUCAGUAGUAACCAGAUAACCAAUGAGGGUGCUAGACUCUUGACAUUAGCAAAUCACACACUCUAA